AGUUUGAUGACGUAGUUCCGUUUCUGGUGUAAACAAACAUGCCAAUAUGGCGACGUUCAUAGUCAAAUAGAAGCUAUGGCAAACUUCAACUAACAGAUAUGAGCGUUUGUUGAUAGUACUGAACACAUUAUACAAGAUAAUGACUGAACCGAGAAGUGAGGGGGGGUUAGUUCGCUACUACUGCACCGCCGGUAACGGGAUGGAGCCUUUCUUAAUUGACGAGGUGAAGAGGAGGCUGGCAGCUGAAGAUGUGUGUCAGAUGCCAGGUAAAGUGUUGUUCAGCUCCUCUGCAGGGAUCGGCAGAGUCAGUGAGCUGAAGGCUGCAGAGAGACUCUUCCUCCUGUUGAAACAAGACUCGCCUGUGCGGCUCUCUGCCCACACCAGCCCAGCAAAGGCAGCCUCUGUGCUGCAGUCCAGACUGUUGGGUGACAGGAAUCAGUGGACCAGUGCUGUAAUGACAUGGAGCCGCCUGCAGGGGGAGCUGGCAUACAGAAGGACUACUGUCAACACGCCAAGCACUGCCCUAGGAGUGAAGAGGAAGAGGGAGGAGGGGAGGAGUGAACAACAGAGGGAAGAGGAGGAGAAGUGCGAUGUGGAGACUAGAAAAAGUACAGGAGAGCAGAGGGAGGAGGAGGGUGGGAACAGGAGGCAGAGAAGUGGUGAAAAAAAUGGAGCACAGACACUUGAAAAGAAGAGAAAGAGAGAGAAAGAUGAGAGAGCGGUUGAAGGAGUGAGAGAUGUAGAGAGAAAGAGGGAGGAAGAGACGAGUGAUGAAACCUGCAUUGAAGACCAGACACUGGAGAAAAAGAGGGAUGAUGAAGAAGAGGUGAGGGAAAUGGUUAUGGAGUUAAGCAGCUGUAGAAAAAAUGGUAAACAUGGCGUGAUAUCAGGAACAGAUUUCAAUGUCACACCAGGACUAGACCACAGUGUGGAAAGUAGCAGCAGGAGGAUGGAUGACAUGUCAAAGGACUUUGCUGUAGAAAGUGUGGAAAAUGUGAAGACUACUGGAGAAAGAGAUAACACACUACUGCCACCCAGCAGGAUUGAACCAGAGCCUUCUUCUGUCCCGGUCUCUUUUAGAAUCAGCUGCAAGUGUACUGGAUCUCUGUCUCGAUACUUCAGCACACAGGAGGUGAGCAGAGUGAUUGGAGUAGGCCUGAGCAGACUGCUGGGCUGGAAGGCUGACCUGAAGAAUCCACAGCUGGAGGUGAAUGUUUAUUUGAGUGAUGACCACUGCCUGCUGGGGAUUCCACUAACCAGGUUACCUCUGGCUAACCGGAGCUACAUUAAAACCACAGGACUGAGGUCUACUGUCGCCUGGGCUAUGGCCUCACUGGCUCAGAUACAGCCAGGCUUCUGUGUGGUCGACUCAAUGUGUGGGGUGGGAACUAUCUUAAUAGAAGCAGCACAGGAACACAAGGCUUCCUGUUUCCUGGGUGUGGACAUUGAUGAUGGACAGCUGCAGAAGGCCAAUGAGAACGUAGAGUUUGCAGAGCUGGGAAACAGGAUACACCUGCUGAAAGCCUCAUCUAUGGUGCUGCCUCUGCCCAGCGCCAGUGUAGAUGCUGUAGUCUGUGACCUGCCAUUUGGCAGGAAGUUUGGCUCCAAAACAAACAUGGCUGCCAAUCUGCCACUCAUCCUCACUGAGAUGGAGAGAGUCCUCUGUAUUGGUGGUACCCUGGUUCUCCUUCUGAGUCCUCAGUUAUCCUGUGUCCUGAAAAGACUCCUGGCACAGAAAGACACUGGAUCACUAUCUAACCAGGAAACAAAGCCUCAAACUGGGAUACAAGACUGCCCAUCUCCUCUGUCUUCCACUAAGCAGCAGACUUUCCAAAUCCACCAGGGCGUCAAAUCCCCACCUAACCAGGAAAUAGACCCUCAGUCUGGGCUACAACACAGUCUGCCCCCCUCUCUCUCCUCCCUGAAGCACCAGGCAACUCUUAGAGUCAGCUUAGGCAUGAUAGAUGGACUUAUCCAUAAAUAUGUCAAGGUAGACACUUGAUCUGUGUUGGUGGUUACAUUUCAAAGUAAUUAGUUACUUUUCUUUGUUACUUGUCAUGAAAAACAAGUAGUUAUGUUGAAAUGCCACACUUAAUUAGAACUUUGUGUGUCUGUUUCCCUACUGUUUUUCAUUUGCAAAUAAUAUGAAGAAACAUAUAUCUUUUGAAACAAUGGUGAAUUUUGAGUUGUGUGAGCUUUGAAAGUUCUGUGAGCUGUGGAUUGGAAAUGUUGCCAUUCCAGAGGUAAAUAUCGUCCUAUCUUACAUUUAAUGUACAUUAAAAUCAUCUUGACUGCA